CAGGGAGACGCGGACGUCGCUCUUCCAAGAUGGCGGCGCGUCCGUCGCGAGCGACCGGGCCGGGGGGAAGCCAGCGGAGCCGAGUAAAGCCGCCGCCCGGGAGAGGACUGAAGGAGCAGUUGCCGCCGUUGGCGGCGGCCCGAGCAGUUUUCGCUGCUGCCACGGCUGUUGCCAUGAGGCGAGGCUAGGGAGGACCUCACUUCCCCGGGGUGUAAUAAUGUUAACUGAGGCCAGUCUAUCCAUAUGGGGAUGGGGAAGCCUUGGCAUUGUCCUGUUUCUAAUAACCUUUGGACCCUUUGUAAUAUUUUAUUUGACAUUUUAUAUCCUCUGCUUUGUGGGUGGGGGUUUAGUGGUUACUCUCCUGUUUGGAAAAACAAACUCAGAGAAGUACCUAGAACAGUGUGAACACUCAUUUCUUCCUCCAACAUCAACUGGGGUUCCUAAGUGCUUAGAAGAAAUGAAACGGGAAGCCAGGACUAUUAAGAUUGAUAGAAGAUUGACUGGUGCCAAUAUAAUUGAUGAACCUCUCCAGCAAGUUAUCCAGUUUUCCUUGAGGGAUUAUGUCCAGUAUUGGUAUUAUACACUAAGCGAUGAUGAAUCUUUUCUUCUUGAAAUUAGGCAGACUCUUCAAAAUGCACUAAUUCAGUUUGCUACUAGGUCAAAAGAAAUAGACUGGCAACCUUAUUUUACUACACGCAUUGUAGAUGAUUUUGGCACACACUUACGAGUAUUCAGAAAGGCUCAACAGAAAAUAACAGAGAAAGAUGAUCAAGCAAAAGGUACAGCAGAAGAUCUUGUAGAUACCUUCUUUGAAGUUGAAGUUGAAAUGGAGAAGGAGGUUUGCCGUGAUCUAGUGUGCACUUCUCCCAAAGAUGAAGAAGGUUUCCUAAGAGAUUUGUGUGAGGUCUUACUAUAUUUAUUGCUACCUCCUGGAGAUUUCCAGAACAAGAUCAUGCGAUACUUUGUCAGGGAAAUCCUUGCACGAGGAAUUCUUCUUCCAUUAAUAAAUCAACUCAGUGAUCCUGAUUAUAUUAAUCAGUAUGUCAUAUGGAUGAUCCGUGAUUCUAAUUGCAACUAUGAGGCCUUUAUGAACAUUAUUAAAUUGAGUGACAAUAUUGGAGAGCUAGAGGCAGUCAGAGAUAAGGCAGCAGAAGAAUUACAGUAUCUUAGAUCUCUAGAUACAGCUGGUGAUGAUAUCAACACUAUCAAAAAUCAAAUAAAUAGCUUACUGUUCGUAAAGAAAGUAUGUGACUCAAGAAUACAGCGAUUGCAGUCAGGCAAAGAAAUAAAUACUGUGAAACUUGCAGCAAACUUUGGGAAACUUUGCACAGUCCCCCUGGACAGCAUUCUUGUAGACAAUGUUGCACUACAAUUUUUUAUGGAUUACAUGCAGCAAACUGGAGGACAAGCACAUCUGUUCUUUUGGAUGACAGUGGAAGGAUACCGGGUUACCGCCCAACAGCAGCUAGAGGUUUUGUUAAGUCGUCAGAGAGACGGAAAACAUCAAACCAACCAAACCAAAGGUCUUUUAAGAGCAGCUGCUGUUGGAAUUUAUGAACAGUAUUUAUCAGAAAAGGCAUCUCCAAGAGUUACUGUUGAUGACUAUUUAGUAGCAAAAUUAGCAGAUACUUUGAAUCAUGAAGAUCCAACCCCUGAAAUCUUUGAUGACAUUCAAAGGAAGGUAUAUGAAUUGAUGCUACGAGAUGAAAGAUUUUAUCCUUCCUUCAGACAGAAUGCACUUUAUGUGCGCAUGUUAGCUGAGCUUGACAUGUUAAAAGAUCCUAGUUUCAGAGGAUCCGACGAUGGGGAUGGAGAAUCUUUUAAUGGGUCUCCUACAGGAAGCAUAAAUUUGUCUUUAGAUGACCUUUCAAAUGUGUCUUCUGAUGACUCAGUACAACUUCAUGCCUACAUUUCAGACACUGUAUAUGCUGACUAUGACCCAUAUGCUGUGGCAGGCGUUUGUAAUGAUCAUGGCAAGACAUAUGCAUUAUAUGCCAUCACCGUACACCGGCGUAACCUAAACAGUGAGGAAAUGUGGAAAACCUAUCGUCGUUAUAGUGACUUCCAUGACUUCCACAUGAGAAUCACUGAACAGUUUGAAAGUCUGUCAAGCAUAUUGAAGCUUCCUGGAAAAAAGACUUUUAAUAAUAUGGAUAGAGAUUUUUUAGAAAAGAGAAAAAAGGAUCUAAAUGCAUAUUUGCAGCUACUAUUAGCUCCUGAAAUGAUGAAGGCAUCCCCAGCUUUAGCGCACUAUGUGUAUGAUUUCCUUGAGAACAAAGCCUACAGUAAAGGAAAAGGGGAUUUUGCUCGCAAGAUGGAUACUUUUGUAAAUCCUCUUCGAAAUUCUAUGAGGAAUGUUUCAAAUGCAGUUAAAUCUCUUCCUGAUAGCUUGGCAGAGGGAAUGACGAAAAUGUCAGACAACAUGGGCAAAAUGUCAGAAAGAUUAGGUCAAGACAUAAAGCAAUCAUUUUUUAAGGUGCCUCCUUUAAUUCCGAAGACUGAUUCAGACCCUGAACAUCGCCGAGUUGCAGCUCAGCUUGACGAUAAUGUGGAUGACAAUAUUCCACUUAGGGUAAUGCUGCUUCUCAUGGAUGAAGUAUUCGACUUAAAAGAAAGAAAUCAGUGGUUGCGAAGGAAUAUCAAAAACCUACUUCAACAGCUUAUUAGAGCUACAUAUGGUGAUACUAUUAAUAGAAAAAUAGUUGACCAUGUUGAUUGGAUGACUUCACCUGAACAAGUAGCCGACUCAGUGAAACGUUUCAGAGAUGCAUUUUGGCCAAAUGGCAUUUUAGCAGAGACUGUUCCAUGCAGAGAUAAAAGUAUUCGAAUGAGAACAAGAGUAGCAGGAAAAACGAAAUUACUUGCAAUUAUGCCAGAUGAACUGAAGCACAUUAUUGGGGCUGAGACAACACGGAAAGGUAUUCUUCGUGUUUUUGAAAUGUUUCAGCACAACCAAUUAAAUAGGAGAAUGGUUUAUGUCUUCUUGGAAGGCUUUUUAGAAACCUUAUUUCCACAGUAUAAAUUCCGUGACCUUUUCAACAAACUGCAUUCACGGUCAAAGCAGAUGCAGAAAUAUAAACAGAAACUUCAAACUACUCAAGCGCCUUCUUUACAGAAAAGGUGACACUCCACUCUAUGAAGCUGGUGUUCAUUUUGUCCAGGACUAAUGGUAUGGACAGAUCUUCUGGGGCUUAACUCAUAUACUGUUGUGUCUGCACCAGUCUUUUAGUGUCUCAAAAUAGAUUAUUAAUACAUCCAUAAGUCUGUGGUUCUUCUCAUUUUCAUCUAUAAUCCACUACCAAGAGAGAUUUCCAUGUCUCAAAUGAUUUGGUGCAUAUUUUGCAACGUUGAGAGGAUACUGCCCCCAUCUCAAGCAAGAAUGGUGUUGGUUUCUUCCAUUUCAAACUAAUCAGCAUUCUCCAGCAAUGACAAAGUGCCAGAGUGUAUAUAUGAAAGCUGAGGAAAGCACAAAACAAUGGUUCACAGAUAAAUUGGCCAAUUUGUUUAACAGUUGGAGACUGUCUAAUAUACGAGUUGGAGGAAUUUGUUUUGCAUAAUUUUGUAGGUCUGUGUCAGCAUUUUGAUGUAUCAUGGAUUAGCCAGGUGAAUAAUCCUUGGAACAUCUCUUUCAGGUCUGGGGAAAGAGACAGAAUGUCCUUAAAGUGUGAAAUAACCUUAUACCUGAAUUAUAGUUUUGUGAUAUAAAAUGAAGCUCAGUAUAAAAUAAAACCAAUCAAACCCAGAAUUUGAUUGGAUUUGUUAUUCAUUGAUAUACAACAAUUUUUAUUCUUAUGUGUGCCUUAAGGGCUGUGUUGUGCUCUUAUGGUACUCAAUUUUUUCUUUUGACAUUGUUGUGCAAAAAGAAGCAUGUGGUGGCUCUCAUUUAAAUUUCAAAAUUAUUAGUUUUAUCUUUAACAGAUUACUGAUUAUACAGAAGAAGAUGUAAUUUAUUGGAAGAACUGCCAAAUACAUUUUGUCCGUCUAAAAAUACAGAAACUUAAAUAGUAGUCUGGAAAGUUACCAUAUGAUAAUUUUUAAUUGUGUGAUCUAGACAUGCCUUAGGUAACUGCAGAAAUAGCAAAUUAAAUGAUUAAUGAGCUUAUUAGUCAUAGUAAACAUACAAAUUCCUAAUUCUAUGACAGUGUACAUAUAUGAAAAUAAAUGAUGAAAAAACUAUGAUAUUUUUAAAAAUAUGCUUUUAUUUAUAUUUCACAUAAUGUAAAAUUCUACAAAAUAAAGCUAGUAGACAUAACCCCUCAGUGUAUACCUUUAAAUCCAUAAAUUAAUUUUAUACCAAUAAAACAAAAUACUUUCUCUAGUUUUGGAGCUUCUGUAUUUCCUAUAGUUUUCUCACCAUUUUGUCCAUCUUAGAAGUCUUCAUAUCCCUUCUAUGCAAGAUUUCUGCAUAGUUUUAAAUACUUUCAUUGACUAAGGAUUUGGGUGUGUCAGCUUUUUUUGUUUUAAAAAUAUUUAACACUAAAACCUUAAAAUAGUGAAGCUACUUGUCAGACCACUGAGCCAAGAUCCUGGUAUUAAAGGAAAGUCUGGGUGCUUAAGAUAAAGGGACAGAGUAUUGGUAUCCCAGUUAUUUGGGAGCUUUAAGAUUGGAACAAGAUAUUACUGUCUUGUUUUCACUUAGAUCCUACUUACAAAGUGCGGCCUAUUAACAGAAUAAAGCCUUCCUUUAAAGCUUUAUAAUAAUUAUAUUUAUUAAUAAUGCUGUUGUGCAUACUUACAGUAUGCAUAUAUUCAGCAUAUCUUGCAUGUCUUCAGAAUUACAUAAAAUGAAAUCCCUUUCAUUGCAACUUGCAAGUGAGAAAAGAUCCUUAGUGGCUCUGGUGGAAGAAAUAAUAUUUCUUCUUCUCAGGGUGUCUCCCUGCCUUGGCCUCUUUCUGAGCCCCAGGCUUUAAAAGUGAAGUUGUGUGAAACGUGUCUGUAGGAGGCAGCAGCAUGGCCAUAAGUGCAGUGAUUUUCAUAUAUGCCCCUGCUCUUUUCAAAUAUAUUUUUGACAUGAAUAAAUCUGAGAGUAUACAGAAUAACUCAAGUAAGAGCCUGGCGCGUACCUGUGAAAAGCAUUUCUCUAUAAUGUGAGGAGCACUGGCCAUCAACCAGGGAAAGAAAGGUAAUGUAGUAUUGCAAAUUUUCAAGAUAGAGCCCUGCAAGAUAACUGCAAUCAUACCAAAAACUAUUUGAGUAAAUGGAUUUUUAAAGUAAUUUCUGUUUAAAAGAGUUUAGAUUUCAGAAGAGGAAAAUGUCAAAUGAUAGUCUUUGUAAAUGGUGGUGCAUCUUCUCUAUGCACAUCUGUGUUUACAUCCGAAAGAGCUGUGGUCAUGCUAAAAUUAGAGAUACUUUUUGAAUGACUUGGUCAAGCUGUGUGUAAAGUAUUUAACCAUAAGUCAAGUACAGUGUACUAUGUUUAAUAAAGUUAUUACAGUUAAUGCA